AUGCCGGUUGGCGAGCAGGAGGUUCUCUUUCGGACGGGCAGACAAGACGAAACUCUACCUGGCUCAGUGGGGGUGGCCAUCCUCAACAGGCCCAAGGCACUGAACGCCCUGAAUGAGCCCAUGUGCAAGACCCUUCACCGGCUCUAUGAUGACUGGGACGCCAGCCCGGACGUGCAUGCCAUUCUUGUCAAGGGUGCGGGCGGCAAGGCCUUCUGCGCCGGUGGAGAUGUGAAGGGCAUGGUGCAGUACAUCCUGGCAGGCCAGCAUGACAAAGCCAUCAGCUUUUUUCGGGAGGAGUACAGGCUCAACCACCGGCUGGGCACUUUGCAGACGCCUCACAUCGCGCUCAUUGACGGCAUUGUCAUGGGCGGAGGCGCUGGCAUCUCUGUUCAUGGAGCGUACCGGGUUGCUACUGAGAGGACGGUAUUUGCAAUGCCGGAGUGCGGCAUUGGCCUGUUUCCAGAUGUGGGCGCGUCAUAUUUUCUUCCGCGGCUGCCUGGCCAGCUUGGCACAUACCUGGGCCUCACUGGCCGCCGGCUGAAGGGAAUAGAGGUGAAGGAAGCUCAACUGGCCACUCACUAUGUGGCAUCUGAGCGCCUGCCUGCUCUGGAGGAAAUGCUGCACGCCAUGGAUCCGCAAUCCCAGAGCCCCGAGCAGAUACGCCGCAGCCUGCAGACCUUCGAGGAUGAGGGGGAACCUCCAGAACCGAGUGGGCUGCUGGACCAGAUGCCAGCCAUCAACGAAUGCUUCGACUUCGACUCCCUGCAGGAGAUCUAUGCUGCCCUCGAACGAAGAGACGAUGCCUGGAGCAGGGAGACACUGGACACCCUUCACAAGUCAUCGAAGCUGUCCCAGGUGGUGGUGCUGCUGGAGUUGAGGGAGGGUGCAGGCAAAAGCCUUGCAGAGUGCCUGCGCAUGGAAUUCAGGAUGGUGCACCAGUGUGUCACAGGCAAGUCAGAUUUUAUUGAAGGGGUCAGAGCGCUGCUGAUCGACAAGACCGGCAAGCCGCAGUGGGACCCCUCGUCCAUAGAACAGGUGACCAAAGAGAUGGUCGACAGAUUUUUUGAGCCCCUGCCGCCAGGGGAGGAGUUGCACUUGGAACAGCAAGGAGUUGAGCGUCUGAAUGCAGCAAAUUCAAAGCUGUGA